UUUAUUUUGAAAGCUCCCGGCGCAGUCGCAGGGAGUUCGGUUGCACUCGCGUCAGGCCUGUGUCGGCGUGCGGUGAUGCCACCGGAGCAUCCGGAGCCCAGUGCGUUUCCCCGGCGGUGCACAACAAUGCGGCGCUGGAGAUAAAACUUCCCCAGCGAUGUCAGAGCCCUGAGCUUUCGCGCAACUUUAACCCGAGAAGAUGUCAGAUGUCACCAAAACCGUCCAGAAAUGGCACGCGAGUUUUAAAAAGGGCACGGACUUUGAUUCGUGGGGGCAGCUGGUGGAAGCCAUCGAUGAAUAUCAAAUACUUGCAAGGCAUCUUCAGAAAGAAGUGCAGUCGUCAAACUCGCACGCUUUCACAGAGGAACAGAAGAAAACCCUGGGGAAGUUUGCAACAUGCCUUGAGAUGCGACGUGCAGCCUUACAGUGCACACAAUCUCAAGAGGAGUUCAAGUUAGAAGACCUGAAAAAACUGGAGCCCAUUAUUAAGAACAUUCUGACUUACAACAAAGAUUUCCCUUUUGAUGUCCAACCAGUGCCUUUGAGGAAGAUUCUUGCACCGGGUGAGGAGGAGAACCUGGAGCUGGAGGAGGAGCUGGACGCUGGGACUGGAGCAGGUUCAACUCCAUCAUUCCCUUCAAGGGUUCCAGGUACGCUGUUGCCACGGUUACCCUCGGAGCCAGGAAUGACUUUGCUCACGCUGACGAUAGAGAAGAUCGGUCUGAAAGACGCAGGACAGUGCAUUGACCCGUACAUUACAGUCAGUGUUAAAGAUCUGAACGGUAUAGACUUGAACCCGGUUCAGGACACGGCAGUGGCCACGCGCAAGGAGGACACGUAUAUUCAUUUUAGCGUGGAUGUAGAAAUCCAGAAACAUCUAGAAAAACUACCAAAAGGUGCAGCUAUUUUCUUCGAAUUCAAACACUACAAACCCAAGAAAAGAUUCACUAGCACGAAGUGUUUUGCUUUCAUGGAAAUGGAUGAAAUCAGACCAGGUCCCAUUGUUAUAGAACUGUACAAGAAACCGACUGACUUCAAGAGGAAGAAACUCAACCUCCUGACAAAGAAACCACUUUACCUGCACCUCAACCAGACUUUGCACAAAGACUAAACCGAGAUCCGACGGACAGCAGUUAUGUUUCUCAGAUACGUUUGGUGCAUCACCUCUAACAUUCCUUGCAAUAUCGGACGCUUUUCUUCAUAUCUCCAGUCUGAAGUUUGGCACACAGCCUGAUUUCUCCGCGGUGCUUCAUCUGAGACAGAAAUGAGUGUUAGAAAUGGAAACUGGAAAGUGUGUACAAAUGAUGUUGAUUUCUGAUGGUCACAGAUGGAUAUAACAACUUCCCAUUGGUUUUCAUACUUUGACUGCAUUAAAGAAACAGCUCGCGCUCAUCUUCCAAACCUGUAUGCUGUUAUUAUCUGAAAGUCUCUUUUUCAUGAAAUGUAAACAGAGAAAAAAAGACAACGCACCAUUAGACAUCAAAAAAAUAUAUCUGUUUUAUGUUUUACAUUUUCUGAACCCAUUUGUAGACUUAAUAUUAAACUGUUAUUCAGUGAAAAUCUCCAAUAUUUUCUAAUAGGUAUGUUGUUCGGUUAUGAUAUGUGUGAUUCAGUGGCUGUUUGAUUCUUAAAACCAAUUGAAUCUGAACAUAUUUGGUUUGUUUUUUUGUAUGCAUAAGUACUGUGGGGAAAAAACAGCAUACAAAUUUGGAAUAACAUGAGGUGAGUAAAUAUCGACAGAAAAUAAAUCCUUUAUAAAUGUUUAACAGGCAAGUUUAUUGCUUUUUUAGAGUAUGCAUUGCUUGCUAAUGCUAUACAUAUGGAGUAAAUGAAAACCCUUAAAAAACAACAACACUAUAAACAUCUCAAAUAUAUGAGAUUUCUUUACACUUUUUGUUCUGAACAUUUUUAUGUUGGGCAACUGCUCAUCAACUAGCUAAUAUUAACUUAGCAUACUUUAAAAUAAUGGUGUUUGGCUCAGUAGCAUCACUUCAAAUCUAUCACAAUGACCUUGUAGUACUGUUUAAUAGAUAUUUUAGAAGUUUAAUUGAGUAUGAAUCAGAAAAGCCAGUGAAUAUGAACUUGAUCAUGUGAGAGGAGAAACCAGAGCAGUUUUAGCAUCAGCAUGCCUGUAAUUAGCUGCACACUUUGCUCUUUGAUGAAUAGUUCAGUCUGGUUAGUUUGAGGAAAUCACUUACUUCAGGUUUAGUUUCUCAAACAGUUUUAACCAGGUUUACCAAAGGAUUUCAGAAAAAGUUUGACAUAUGAGCUAGGUUCUGUUUUGGAGACUAGCCUAACUUUUACUGCUUAUUACACUUUAUCACAGGAAAUUUCCAGAUUAUUAUUUUUUAUAAAAGGAAAAAACUAAAGGAGAUGCUUUUCCCACAUCGGUUUUGCCAGUGUUGGAGUCUUGGAAUCAACUAAAUGGUUAAAAAAAAACUGUAUUCAUCAUGUUGUUUUAAUGGCGUGUGUAUCAUCACACAUCUUUUUCGAAUGUCUAAUUUCUAAUAAAUGAUAAUGCUGCUUGA